CGAGGAGAAGACGCCUUAAAGUAGUUGGCUGUUGUCCGCAAAAUGAUUGUCGAAUAGGGUGGUUGAGAGAAUGAAGUUCGUUUACAGCUCACCGGUUCCAUCUCAUCAAUAUGAGAUCACGUGAUCAAUACAACCGUUGAAGUCCCACAGGUCAGCCUUCAUAGCCUUUCUUCCGCUGCCACGUCUCUUCUUCUGGCAUGAUAUCAACAUGUCGCAUGAACCGAAGAGGGACGAGUCGUGCAUCUCCGGACUCUGUGAUACAUUUCAGAUCGUCGUCAGCAUGGCAAACAGAAUAUCCGACAUGGAGGAAUAGGUCCGGUUAACUCUAAAUUAAAAGUGUCAAUCAGCUGCAGCUAUUUCUUACGGUAGACUUCGGUGCAAGAUAAGAUGAUUGCCUUAUGGCCACUUGAUUUCGGUGUUAUCACGUGUUAGUUUUAACCUUCUAAAGUUUACUGACUUUGUUGGGAAGAUGCGGUGACCCAUUUUUGGGGAAAUAUCAUGCCUCGGCACACUUCUCCACAUACCCCACACUUUCUGUAUCCGCAACCGAGCUUCAUGAAGCCACCCCCGGAUAUUCACAUCAAGCGCUUGCGCUUAUAUAGAGGAUACCUUUGUAAAUCAUGAGUUUUUGAGAAUAAUACCCUUCAUCUAGCAAGCCAUUUCAUCUAUCACGCCUUCACGAAGCACCUCCUGACCAUGGCUCCAAUCACCACCCCUCUCACCACCCUCCUGGGCAUCCAGCACCCCAUACUGCUCGCUGGCAUGGCACGCACAUCAGGUGGGCCCCUGGCAGCUGCCGUCUCCAACGCCGGCGGCAUUGGCUGCAUCGGCGGUCUAGGUUACACCCCCGACCAGCUCCGCGAGAUCAUCCACGAGCUCAAGGAGAACCUCACUUCUAAAGAUCUCCCUUUCGGUGUUGAUCUCGCUCUCCCUAAGGUCGGCGACGGCGCGCGCAAAACCAACCACGAUUACACCCACGGCCAACUGGACGAGCUGAUCACCGUCACCAUCGAGGAGGGCGCAAAGUUGUUCAUCAGCGCCGUCGGAAUCCCGCCGCCACAUGUGAUUAAGCGCCUCCACGAUGCUGGCAUCGUUAUCAUGAACAUGGUUGGCGCGCCGAAGCACGCAAAGUACGCUCUCGAUGCUGGCGUCGAUAUUGUAUGCGCGCAGGGAGGCGAGGGAGGCGGACACACGGGUAACAUCCCCAACUCGGUGUUGAUCCCAGCUGUUGUGGAUGUUGCGCGCCAGUACAGGCCGAAGCUUCUUAAGGGGCAGACCGCGAUGGUCGUUGCUGCAGGUGGUAUCUACAAUGGACGUAGUUUGGCGGCGAGUUUGAUGCAGGGAGCUGCUGGUGUUUGGGUGGGAACCCGCUUUGUUGCGGCGACUGAGGCUGGAUGCAGUGAGCAACACAAGGAGGCUGUUGUGUCGGCUGGCUUUGAUGAUACCCUGAGGACUUUGGUGGUCAGUGGACGCCCGUUGAGAGUCAAGAUGAACGAUUAUAUUGCGAAGUGGGAGGCACAGCCCGAGAAGAUCAAGGAGCUGACGGAGAGCGGUGUUGUCCCUAUCCAGAAGGACUUCGAUGAUGGAGUGGAUAUCGAUAUUCCCUUCUUGAUGGGCUCGGUUUCUGGGGCGAUUAAUGAUAUUAAGCCGGCCGGAGUUAUUGUAAGGGAGAUGGUCUCUGAGGCCGCCGACAUGUUGAAGCUAGGCGGGACAUAUCUCAACGGUGGUAAGCAGAGCAGGUUGUGAAGAGUGUCACAUAUGAGGCGAAUCGGUUCUUGCUACUGUUAGCAUGUCAACCAGGUAUGAGUACAGUAAGGUCUAGAUUUGAUAUCCUCUAGUAACAAUGUAUAUACACCUAUAUUUAUCCCAAUUACCCAG